AUGUCAACCAUCGUGAGCGUCGUGCAUGCCUGGCUGCACGACCUCGGCCGCUGGCUGUGGGAUGAGAGUCUCCUCGGCCGGCAGUACUGUGCUGCACUGCUAGGCCAGCCGCCCGACCUGGUCGCGCUCAGGGCGCAAAGCGGCGACAUUCCCGAGCUGGCCAAGAUCAUUUUCAUGGAGCUGUGUCGGGCUAACCGCCAAUCCUGUGCCUCACUGCACAGAGUGUUGCACAGAGCCAGCGAACACCAGGCCCAUCUCUUGCCGGCCGCCAUCAACUAUCCAGUUGGGCAUUUGAAUAGCAGUUGCGUCAUGCUGGCUGCUGAAGCCAACUUUCCAGAGCACGUGCUUGAGCUGCUGGCCUAUGGUGGAUCCGCCGGUCAACGACACGCGGUAGCCUUGAUGAACGGACAUUGGGAGCUGGCUCGGGUGCUUCUACCACAUACGCCGCUUCUGGAUGCGGCCUCUGGCAUCGGGCUCACCCGUCAGCUGAAGCACUGGCUGGGUCUGGCGCUGCUCCUCGACUGCCGCGAUGUCAGCCAAACUCUCUCUCUUCUCUCUCUCUCUCUCUCUCUCUCUCUCUCUCUCUCUCUCUCUCUCUCUCUCUCUCUCUCUCUCUCUCCACAUGUGGGAGUGAACCAAAUGUCAGUCGUAUUUGAGGAGCUGGUCUCCUUUGUGGCCGAACAUCUGAAGGAGAGCCAUCCUUCCUUCGCCGAAGAAUGCGAUGCUGCCUACACUCAGGGGCAGUUGGCCUCGGCCCUGCCCAAGCUCUUGAGUGUUCUGCCCGCCGUUUUUGAGAUGGAAGGGAUGGAGGGCGUCUGCAACAGCUGCAUCCGACUGUGUGCGUCGCUUGAGCAAGGCCAGAAGCAUCUGUUGAAUCUGGCUGAUAUCAUUGCCCAGACGGACAACACUUCGGGCGCCGAAGCUCGUCUGCGCGCCUUGAAGAACGUGUUCAACCGCAUCGACAGCAACGAUCAGCAACGCUGCCACGUUUUCAAGAACAUUGUGGCUCUGGCCUGCAGCGCCUCCCUUGUCUCGGCCAUCGAGAAGCAAUUGGAAGCGCUUCCGCGCUGGCUGAAGGAGUGGACUGGCGGCUCAGAUGGCGAGCUCGAACGCUCGACCUAUGUGCACGUCGCCACUUGCCUGGACAAGGCUCAGCGACAGACCCUGGCCUACCAGUUCUGGUUGCGUGCCCUGCGCGCCCUCUCCACUGCCUCUGCCAGCGAGCAAAGCUCUGCGCGCCCUAUGGUGGAGCGCACCAUUGCCUACGCUCUGUCGUCCCAUGGUGACUUUGAGCUCUAUGCUCUGUCCCGACUUCCUGUCGUUCAGAAUCUGGAUAGCCCCCUCAAGAAGGCUCUUGAAGCCUUUGUGAGCGGUGACUACGAGGCAUACACCUCGUCUGGUGCCACCGCCGCGAUCUUCCAACAGCAUGGUUUUGACGAAGCACAGGCUAACCGUCGCGUGCGUCUCAUGGUGCUGGCCAAUAAGUGCGCCGAUCGUUCGGAAGUCUCCCUUGCUGAUAUUGCCGAAGCCAUUCACAUUGAGGAGGCUGAGGCUGAGGACUGGGUCAUUGAAGUCGUUCGGGCUGGCUUGAUGGAUGCCAAGAUUGAUGAAAUGGCCGGCACGGUCGUCAUUACACGCGCCAAGCAGACUAAGUUUGACGCCGAGGACUGGAAGCAACUGCGCGAUCAGCUGCAGAUGUGGCACGAGAACAUUGCGCGUGUUUCCUCUAUGCUAGGCCGCGUUACGGCUAUGGCCAAGUAAAAGCGCCGCUUAGGCUUGACCUAUGACGGUGUAUCCAUCCAUUGUUCUUUUCGUAGUUAUAUCUGGGACGCGCUACGCGCUAUCCCCGGAUUGUGAGUGUUUGUAAACCCAACAUAGCGUGGGCCACGUGCCAGACCGGAUCAUGCCUUGUUAUACGUGAAGCUGGAGACGUUGAGCGGGUUAUGUCCUUGUUUUUUCUUCCCUUUCUUUUGUAAACGUACUCGGUUGCCUUCUCUUUUCUGUUUCGCGUGAUCAGUCCACACACCCUUUUAUUCUUCCUUGUACCUCUGUCUUCCUUCUUUUUUGGCUUGGACUUUCCUCAGAAUGGAAAGUGGUGAUUGAUUGACUUUUUUUUUUUUUUCCCUCCUUCUACUUCCUCUUCUCUUAACUUCCUUUUCGAUAUCCCUUUAAUCUUGGCUUUUUAUGUCAAGUCGUCGUGAGGAUUCGGCUAAAUUGGAAAUGAAACUUCGA